CGGAAGUAUAGGUGGCGGGCGAGUAGGAAGUGGUGUUUCCUCUGGUAGACAUGGCGGCUUUUGCUCCGCUGCCCCCGCUCCCCCCGCAGUUUAAGAGCAUACAACAUCAUCUGAGGACAGCUCAGGAACAUGACAAGCGGGACCCUGUGGUGGCCUAUUACUGUCGUUUAUAUGCGAUGCAAACCGGAAUGAAGAUUGAUAGUAAAACUCCGGAAUGUCGUAAAUUUUUAUCAAAGCUAAUGGAUCAGUUAGAAGCUCUUAAGAAACAGUUGGGUGAUAAUGAAGCUAUUACACAAGAAAUAGUGGGCUGUGCACAUUUGGAGAACUAUGCUUUGAAAAUGUUUUUGUAUGCAGAUAAUGAAGAUCGUGCUGGGCGAUUUCACAAAAACAUGAUCAAGUCCUUCUAUACUGCAAGUCUUUUAAUAGAUGUCAUAACAGUGUUUGGAGAACUCACAGAUGAAAAUGUGAGACACAGAAAGUAUGCAAGGUGGAAGGCAACAUAUAUUCAUAAUUGUUUAAAGAAUGGAGAGACUCCUCAAGCAGGUCCAGUUGGAAUUGAAGAAGAUAAUGAUGUUGAAGAAAAUGAAGAAGUUGGAGCAGCCUCUUUGCCCACUCAGCCACCUCAGCCAUCAUCAUCUGCUUAUGACCCAAGUAGCAUGCCACCAAGUAGCUAUACUGGCAUACAAAUUCCUCCUGGCGCACACGCUCCAGCUAAUACACCAGAAGUGCCUCACAGCACAGGUGUAACAAGUAAUACUAUCCAACCUACUCCACAGACUGUUCCAGCCAUUGAUCCCUCACUUUUCAGUACUAUUUCCCAGGGAGAUAUCCGCCUAACUCCAGAAGACUUUGCUAGAGCCCAGAAAUACUGCAAAUACGCUGGCAGUGCUUUGCAGUAUGAAGAUGUAAGCACUGCUGUGCAGAAUCUGCAGAAGGCCCUCAAGUUACUUACUACAGGCAGAGAAUGAAACUUUUGUAUGACCACUCCAUGCAUUUUUUUUUACUUAAAGGACUAACAGUUCAUUACUCUAUCUCCACCCUAUCAGGAGCACAGUUUUAAGGAAGACUUUCACUCCACUGAAUGUUAUAAUGAAAUCUGCCUGUGUAUCAGAAUCUGGUUGAAGCAUUCAACAACAGCCUCACCCAAGUUUUCAUUGUUUAUUGGAUUCAUUAUUCUUGGGACAUAUAGGCCUGAUGUUAGCAAUAUUGUAAAAAGACAAACCGAACCUUCUUUCACAAAAUGAAAGAACACUUCUGUAAGAUAUAUUGGGAGAAAGUUUAUACCAUAAUAACAUGUAUUAAGUUUUUAAGUCUACAAUUUGAACAACUGGACCAUACUACUUCACUAUAAAAUUCUAGACUUAACUUUUAGCAAAUAUUGUGAGAAAAUUCUAGAUUACAGAUCAUGUUUAUAUUUUCCUUGCAAUUUAUAGAACAAGGGGAAAUGUCCAAAAAUGGUAUAUGAACUGGAAAGUUUGUUUAAAGUUCAGUGUAUAUUCAUGUUAAGCACAGCUACAUUAAAAGACUCAAUUUUCAUGGAGGGUAGAAUCACCUUCAGACUUAAGAAUGAUGUCCAUUUUCUAACAGUUUUACUUAUCCAUUGAAGCUUAAGGGGAAUUAUAAGCAGUUAGACUGCAUGUAUUAGAGAAUGAGGGGAACUGUAAUGCCUGGGAAACCUGAUGCUUUAAAUUAAGCUUCUCUUCUACUGCUGUGGAAUAAAUUCCAUAGAGUGUAACUAUGAAUGAUAUGCAGGAGGCUAUAAGAACUUAGAUUCUCAGCUGUAUUUAUAAGUUUUGUAGGAAAUUAUGGACUUAUUGUGUCGACUGUAUUUGUGCUGUGUAAAAAUAAAUACAACUUAUUCUGUGCAAA